UUUCGUGGCAGCUUCUCUCAGCUCAUAAUCUGUCAGAUUUCAUUUUUUCAAAGGCACUGGGAAAACUCUGGCUCUGAGAUAUGUCAAUAUAAAAACUGUUAAGGAUGGAAACAAAUCACGACCAUGAGCUUCCACUCUUACAAGGACAGGCCAAUGGUGCAUCCAACAAUACCAACGCUACCAACACCAACAAUAGUGUUGGCGAGGAUGAUUUGAUUGAGUCUGAGCUUGGGUCUGAGAUUGACCAUGUCAUAGGAGCAGUUGUUGACUCCGAAGAAAAGAAGAAAGAGAAGCAACGUGAGCACACAAAACAGCAUGACAGAAAGCGGAAACAAGAAAAUAUCACAGCAUCUAGAUUCCCCUUAUCAAUGCAGACAAUAUCACUCAACUUCCUGGAAACAACGACGUUCCGAGCUAUGUGA